CCGGAUCGAAGGACCGGACUGAGCUGGCUGCCGUAUUUGCAUUUGUUGCUGCUGGAGCGUCCGUAGGCUUUGAUUUUUAUGGAGGGAUUAAGUCUGAAAAUCUUGGUGAAUUUGGCAUCAUGACACUGGGACACCUCUUCAUUUUUGUAUGUGCUAUGAACAUCCCUCACUUUGUGGAACCUGGGGUAGAUUUUGACGUGCCUGACCUCGAUCCUCGAAAUCCAUUUUAUCGGGGCCGGCCUGCAAAUACUUUUGGCAAGCACGCCGAGCCGACGCCUUACAUAGACGAAAUACAUGUAGGUCCAGAAGAUAAGUUCCCUAGCCCCGCAGAGUUUCAUGAGAGAUACAUCAAAGAGUACAAGCCAGUUGUUUUGCGAGGAGCAGCAAAACACUCUUCAGCCUAUCAUCUGUGGACGGAAGAUUACCUGAAGGAAAAUUAUGGAGAUCUGUCUGUCAGGCUUGAAGCUAGGAGUGAGGAUAACUCCAGGAUACCGAGCGGAGUGGGAGGGAUGGGACGGGACUCCAUUAGAAACUUCCUGGACCGGUACCAGACCCUGGACGGGUACAUCAUAUCACAAGUCCCUGCUCCAAUGGAGAAAGACAUCUCAUUUCCUCCGUUCUUGACCUGUGGAUCACUGGCACAGGGUGUCCAGGAAGUUCACUUGUUUGUGAGUUCUCGAGGAGGGAAGACUUUGCUUCAUCGUGAUCCGUACAGCUCUGUCCACUGUGUAUUCAAUGGAACCAAGCAGUGGAUCAUUGCUGACCCAAAUCAGAAAGAACAGCUGUACAUGUCUGAGGACUCACGCUAUGAGUUUGGGGGAUACUCAGAAGUAGAGGUAGAUGAUGUAGACUAUAAGAAGCACCCCAAAGUCAAGGACCUACUAUUUGACAGAGUGAUUCUUGAGAAAGGAGACUGCAUCUACAUGCCAAGCGGCUAUACACAUCAGGUGAGGUCAAGGGGUUACAUGAACAGCGCCGUAUCCAUCUGGUUCUCACACUAUUUGACCUUUGACCCCUCUGGCUGUGAGGAAUCUGAGAAUGUUUUCAAACCCAUGAGUGAGUCGUCUGUACUGUGGCGCUACAGUGGUCAGGGAGAGCUCGCGCAAGGCCAUAUGGAUGUCCACAUGCUGAGAACUGUCAUGAAGACAACUGCUGAUAAAACCGGCAAGAUUUGGUUGGAGGAAUUUACAAGUAAUUUCAUACAGGGAGAACUGAAUGAUGAAGAAGUCCUCGUGAACCAACGUUUAGAGUUUAUCAAGCUUCUAGAUACCGAUGGGCGGGGCUAUAUCCCGGUAGAGGAACUGGAUUCCUUACCCCUGGAAACUCUGAAGAAUCUUGUGGAGAUCAUUGACCCUUCGGAUGCUUCCAACCGAGAAGAUUUUGAGUACAAUCACUUAGACAAGGAUGCUAUCUGGGGUGCUCUAGCCAUGCUACGAGGUAAAGACCCUUCUCAGCCAUUCAAGGGAUCAGACUUCAUCAAGAUUUACACCAUCUACAUUGGAGGCAGUGAGAAGGUCGCAAGAGAGAUCCUCGCCAUGUUGGAUCCAGAAGGUACUAAUCAGAUAACCGCCCGCAUGAUCAUGCAGAACGGUGACGAGGCCUUUGAGAAGUUCAACAAGGGUUUCGCCCACGACCCCACCAUCGAAAACCUGUGGUACAAGCGGUUUGCAGCCAAAGGCAUCUUCCAAGAAUUUGGCGUGACGCAUUUCAACGCCCCCGACGAGGAAUCAACUAAAGCAGAGGAAGAUGAAGUGGAAGAAAAGUGCGAGAGGUCCGGAAAGAUGGAACAAGGUGAAAUCGUGUACGUAGAAGAUCUGGAUAGUAUGCCGGUGUGCGAUGAAAAGAAAUUGCAAGAGAAAGAAGAGGAGGGAAGGAAUGAAGAGCUGAAUCAAGUGGAAGAGGAAGAGAAGGAGCACAACGUUAACGGUGAAGAGGAUAAGCAUGACGAAUUAUAAUGUAGAGUUAUUUGGUACUAAUAUGCUUGCUGCUGAGAGUUCAGAGGUCACGAACAUAAUGUACAGGUACAUGCAUAGUGAGUUUCCAUCUUUAGGCUUUAAAAGCCUAAUUUUUGUGAAGAGAAGCAAUAUUGAGUUUUGUUUGAUUUUCUUUGCUACAGAUAUUUUUGUUGUACAGGGUGGGGUAUAUAUUUGCUUAUUUACUGUAAAAGUUUCAUACAGAGCUGCCAUAUUAUCUUCAAGUGAAAUCAUUUUCCUUUAUGAAAAUGUACACAUAGUUUAUACAAGCUGGGACUAUGGGGAUUGAUCACUUUGUUUUGAAAGUUCGUUUUUAUAUAUUGAUGUUCUUCUUACGGUAACCUCUGUAAUGUGUUUCUG